AUGUUUCCAGCAGAGCCAUUUGAUCUGAAGGGGUACAUUGAAGAAUGCAAAAGCGCAUUUGGACUCCCCCCUAGGCCUCAUUGGAUAACGACUUAUUAUGGCGGUCAUCAUUUUAAAGAGGUUCUCAGGAGGUUUGGUAGCAACAUUAUCUUCUCCAAUGGCCUCCGUGACCCUUAUAGCAGUGGAGGGGUGCUGGAAAACAUAUCAGAUAGCAUAUUGGCAGUGUAUACAACUAAAGGUGCUCAUUGCAUGGACAUACUGCCAGCCACAAAUGGUGAUCCUGAUUGGGUAGUUUUGCAGAGGAACAUAGAAAUCGAGAUCAUCAACGGAUGGAUCCUGAAGUACUACCAAGAUCUGCUUGAAAAUUCUUCAUAGAUGAUAUUUCUUCAUUGUCAAAAAUCAGAGCCUCCUUCAAUCCCCCUCCUUCCAACUGUUUUCUCUGUUAAACGCUUUUCACUUUGAAAUUGAAAUAUGAAAUUUUAUUAUUUCAACAAAACAUUUGGAUGUCCAAAAACAAGACUCAGUUUUCUUUUCCUGUUUCAAAAUCUGUGAGUUUACAUUAUUCAAUUAACAAGGGGAGAAGAAAAAA